AUGAAGACUACGUGGAAGGAGAUCGCUCCUGUGCCAACCAGCCAGGAAUUUCUCGAUAUCGUCCUCAGUCGCACACAAAGACGACUUCCGACCGUUAUUCGUGCUGGGUUCCAGAUUAGUCGUAUUCGAGCGUUUUAUACUAGAAAGGUCAAAUUCACAUCGGAGACUUUUUGUGAAAAAUUCCAGGCUAUCCUCGAUGGCUUUCCUCGUUUGCAGGAUAUUCACCCUUUUCACAAGGACUUGAUGAACACAUUAUACGAUGCGGACCAUUUCAGAAUUGCCCUCGGUCAAAUUUCUACCGCCAAGCAUCUUGUAGAAACCGUCGCUCGCGAUUACGUCCGACUCAUCAAAUAUGCACAGUCACUUUUCCAGUGCAAGCAGCUUAAGCGUGCGGCUCUCGGUCGCAUGGCCACUAUUUGCAGACGUCUCAAAGACCCCUUGUUGUAUCUCGAGCAGGUCCGACAGCAUUUGGGUCGUCUGCCGUCUAUCGAUCCCAAUACCCGCACACUUUUGAUUUGCGGAUAUCCGAAUGUCGGCAAAUCCAGCUUCUUGCGUAGCAUCACCCGCGCCGAUGUUGAUGUGCAGCCAUAUGCGUUUACCACCAAGAGUUUGUUCGUCGGACACUUCGAUUAUAAAUACUUGCGAUUCCAGGCGAUCGAUACUCCUGGAAUUUUGGACCAUCCUCUCGAAGAGAUGAAUACUAUUGAGAUGCAGUCUAUUACGGCUAUUGCGCAUUUGCGGUCUGCUAUUUUGUAUUUCAUGGAUCUGUCCGAGCAGUGCGGUUACUCUGUGGUCGAUCAGGUCAAAUUGUUCAACAGCAUCAAGCCGCUGUUUGCGAACAAGCUUGUCUUUGUCGUGAUCAACAAGAUUGAUGUCAAGCGUCCCGAAGACUUGGACGUUGAGACUAAGGAGCUUUUGGAAAGCGUUUUGAAGCAAGGAAAUGUGGAAAUGCUUCAGCUUUCUUGCACCACUACCGAGGGUGUGACCAACGUCAAGAACGCCGCCUGCGACAAACUUAUUGCAGAGAGAGUUGCUCAAAAACUCAAGGCGGGCACAAACAGCAGUGGAAACCCAAGCGGACGUCUCGGCGAAGUUCUUUCACGAAUUCACGUCGCACAGCCCAUUGGCGGUGUCCGCGAGACUUUCAUUCCAGAUGCCGCCAAGAACCUCAAAAAAUACGACAAGGAAGACCCCAACCGCCGAAAAUUGGAACGUGAUAUCGAAGAAGAAAACGGCGGUGCUGGUGUAUACAGUGUCGAUCUGCAAAAGAACUACACCCUUGCAAACGACGAAUGGAAAUACGACAAGAUCCCCGAAAUCUGGAACGGCAAGAAUAUUUAUGACUACGUUGAUCCUGACAUUGAAGCCAAAUUGGCUGCUCUCGAAGCCGAAGAAGAGAAACUCGAAGCAGACGGAUUCUACGAAUCAGACGACAGUGUCGAAGACGCCGAAGACGCCGAAAUUCGCAUGAAAGCAGAUCUAAUUCGUGAGAAGCGAGCAUUAAUGAAGAACGAAGCCCGGUUGAGAAAAUCGCUCAAGAACAGAGCCGCGAUACCACGCAGUGCCAAAGCAAAGAGACUUUCCGAGAUGGAGAAAGCACUCGAUAAUGCUGGUUAUGAUACUUAUGAUGCCGUGGUGCGCGCACAGAGUCAACAACAACCUUCUCGAGGCCGUACAUUGACUCGUGACGAUGACGCCGACGCAAUGGACGUCGAUUCCACGUCAAACCCACGCGAUGCCAUCGCACGGGCCAAGAGCCGUGCUCGCAGUCAAGCAGCCACAAACAGAUUAACAGACGGCGUUACAGAUACAACAUCACGCAGCAAGGCCGAACGCUUAGCGAAAUUGGGACAGAAGAAGAUGAAUCGUAUGGCGCGUCAGGGUGAGGCCGAUCGUCACCAGACUGUGGCAUUAGCGAAGCAUUUGUACUCUGGUAAGAGGGGGAUGGGGAAGACUCAACGUCGUUAAUUUGUCUGGUCUUAUAUCAAAAUGGUUCUCUUUUUAUUAAGUAAUGGAUGGCGUUUCUAUCGGUUGUGUCAUGGGCUUGUUUGUUCGAAAAUAUCAUGAUUGUCGAGACAAGGUAGAUAUGAACUGCGUUUCUUUGUUUCUG